CACUCCCGCCGGGCUCCCCCGCGCCGCGGUCCGGAGCUGGAAGAUGGCGAGGCCGGGAGCGCGGCUGUGCGUGCGGAGCGCACCCCGGGGCCCCACGCCGCUGCUGCUGCUGGGCGGGCUGGCGCUGCUGGGCGCGGCGCGGGCGCGGGCGGCGGCGGGCGGCGGCUUCAGCCUGCACCCACCCUACUUCAACCUGGCCGAGGGCGCCCGCAUCGCCGCCUCGGCCACCUGCGGCGAGGAGGCCCCGGCGCGCGGCGCCCCGCGCCCCACCGAGGACCUCUACUGCAAGCUGGUGGGCGGCCCGGUGGCCGGCGGGGACCCCAACCAGACCAUCCAGGGCCAGUACUGCGACAUCUGCACGGCUGCAAACAGCAACAGGGCACAUCCUGUGAGCAACGCCAUUGACGGCACGGAGCGCUGGUGGCAGAGCCCGCCGCUGUCCCGCGGCCUGGAGUACAAUGAGGUCAACGUCACCCUGGACCUGGGCCAGGUUUUCCACGUGGCCUAUGUACUCAUCAAGUUCGCCAACUCCCCGAGGCCGGACCUCUGGGUACUGGAGCGGUCCACAGACUUCGGCCACACCUACCAGCCAUGGCAGUUCUUCGCCUCAUCCAAGAGGGACUGCCUCGAGCGAUUCGGACCCCAGACGCUGGAGCGCAUCACACAGGACGGCGAUGUCAUCUGCGCCACAGAGUACUCUCGGAUAGUGCCCCUGGAGAAUGGCGAGAUCGUGGUGUCUCUGGUGAAUGGGCGCCCCGGGGCCAUGAACUUCUCCUACUCACCCCUGUUGCGUGACUUCACGAAGGCCACCAACAUCCGCCUGCGCUUCCUGCGCACCAAUACGCUGCUGGGCCACCUCAUGGGCAAGGCUCUGCGGGACCCCACGGUCACCCGCCGGUACUAUUACAGCAUCAAAGACAUCAGCAUCGGCGGCCGCUGUGUCUGCCAUGGCCACGCAGAUGUCUGUGACGCCAAAGACCCCACAGACCCCUUCAGGCUUCAGUGCGCCUGCCAGCACAACACAUGUGGGGCCUCCUGUGACCAGUGCUGCCCCGGCUUCCACCAGCAGCCAUGGAUGCCAGCGACCAUUGACAGUGCCAAUGAGUGCCAGUCCUGCAACUGCCACGGCCAUGCCCACGACUGCUACUAUGACCCUGAGGUGGACAGACGCAAUGCCAGUCAGAACCAAGACAACGUGUUCCAGGGAGGGGGCGUGUGCAUCGACUGCCAGCACCACACCACUGGUAUUAACUGUGAACGCUGCCUGCCUGGCUUCUACCGCACCCCCGACCACCCCCUGGACUCGCCCCGUGCCUGCCGCCGCUGCUCCUGCGAGUCGGACUUCACCGAUGGGACAUGUGAGGACCUAAGCGGCCGCUGCUACUGCAGGCCCAACUUCUCCGGGGAGCAGUGUGACUCGUGCGCCGAGGGCUUCCUGGGCUUCCCCAGCUGCUACCCGGUGCGCCCCCUCACCCCCAACGACACUGGGGAGCAGGUGCUGCCGGCUGGACAGAUUGUGAAUUGUGACUGCAGUGCCGCGGGGACGCAGGGCAAUGCCUGCCGGAAGGACCCACGGGUGGGACGCUGCGUGUGCAAACCCAACUUCCAGGGCACCCACUGCGAGCUCUGUGCCCCAGGGUUCUAUGGCCCAGGCUGCCAGCCGUGCCAGUGUUCCAGCCCCGGAGUGGCAGAUGGUGCCUGUGACCAUGAGUCGGGCCAGUGCACGUGUCGGGUGGGCUUCAAGGGGGCUGCAUGUGACCGCUGUGCCCCUGGCUACUUCCACUUCCCUCUCUGCCAACUGUGUGGCUGCAGCUCGGCUGGGACCCUGCCUGACGGCUGUGAUGAAGCUGGUCACUGCCUGUGCCGGCCUGGCUUUGAUGGCCCUCGCUGUGACCACUGCCGUCCUGGCCACCACAGCUACCCCCAUUGCCAUGCCUGUGCCUGUGAUCCCCGGGGCACCUUGGACCAGCUCUGUGCCACGGGUGGGGCAUGCCACUGCCGACCUGGCUACGCGGGCACCGCCUGCCAGGAAUGCAGUCCCGGCUUCCACGGCUUCCCCCACUGCACCCCCUGCCACUGCUCCUCUGAUGGCUCUCUGCACACGACCUGCGACCCCCGCAGCGGGCAGUGCAGCUGCCGGCCCCGUGUGACAGGGCUGCGGUGUGACACGUGUGUGCCUGGUGCCUACAAUUUUCCCUACUGCGAAGCUGGCUCCUGCCACCCUGCCGGCCUGGCCCCAGCUGGUCACAGCCCUUCUGAGGCACAGGUCCCUUGUAUGUGCCGUGCUCAUGUGGAGGGGCCAAGCUGUGAUCGCUGUAAACCUGGAUUUUGGGGACUGAGUCCCAGCAACCCUGAAGGCUGCACCCGCUGCAGCUGCGACCCUGGGGGCACACUGGGUGGAGUUGCUGAGUGCCAGCGGGGCACUGGCCAAUGCUUCUGCAAGCCUCACGUGUGCGGGCGGACCUGCGAGGCAUGUAAGGAUGGCUUCUUUGGACUGGACCAGGCUGACUACUUCGGCUGCCGCAGCUGCCGGUGCGACGUCGGGGGUGCCCUGGGACAGGGCUGUGAGCCGCAGACGGGCACCUGCCGGUGCCGCCCCAAGACCCAGGGCCCCACCUGCAGCGAGCCAGCGCGGGACCACUACCUCCCUGACCUGCACCAUCUGCGCGUGGAGCUGGAGGAGGCAGCCACACCCGAGGGCCAUGCCGUGCGCUUUGGCUUCAACCCCCUCGAGUUCGAGAACUUCAGCUGGAGGGGCUACGCGCAGAUGGCACCCAUCCAGCCCCAGAUCGUGGCGAGGCUGAACGUGAUGUCCCCUGACCUCUUCCGGCUUGUCUUCCGAUAUGUCAACCGUGGGCCCACAGGCGUGAGCGGGCGGGUCUCUGUGCGGGAAGAGGGCAAGUCUGCGGCCUGUGCCGGCUGUGCUGAGCAGAGCCAGCCCGUGGCCUUCCCACCCAGCACGGAGCCUGCCUUCAUCACUGUGCCCCAGAGGGGCUUUGGGGAACCCUUUGUGCUGAACCCCGGCACCUGGGACCUGCUCGUGGAGGCCGAAGGCGUGCUCCUGGACUACGCGGUUCUGCUGCCCAGCGCCUACUAUGAGGCCGCCCUCCUGCAGAUGCCGGUGACCGAGGCCUGCGUGCUCCGCCCUGCUGCCCAGCGCUCCGGGGAGAACUGCCUUCUCUACACCCAUCUGCCCCUGGAUGGCUUCCCCUCGGCCUCUGCGCAAGAGGCCCUGUGUCGCCAUGACAACAGCCUGCCCCGGCCCUGCCCCACGGAGCAGCUCAGCCCCUCACACCCACCACUGGCCACUUGCCAAGGCAGUGAUGUGGAUGUCCAGCUCCAGGUAGUGGCGCUGCAGCCGGGCCGCUACACCCUGGUGGUGGAGUAUGCAAAUGAGGACUCCCACCAGGAGGUGGGCGUGGCUGUGCACACCCCCCGGAGGGCCCCCCAGGAGGGGGCGCUUACCCUCCACCCCUGCCUGUACAGCACCCUGUGCCGGGGUACUGCCCUGGAUGCCCAGCGCCACCUGGCGGUCUUCCACCUGGACACGGAGGCCAGCGUCCGGCUCAUGGCCCAGCAGGCACGCUUCCUCCUGCACAGCAUCACCCUGCUACCCACGGACACGUACAGUUCGGAGUUCGUGGCGCCCCGGGUCCGCUGCAUCAGCAGCCAUGGCGCCUUCAGCCUCGGCAGUGCCGCCUGCCUGCCCUCCCGCUUCCCGAAGCCGCCCCAGUCCAUCGUCCUCAGGGACUGCCGGAUGCUACCGCUGCCCCCCGACCUCCCGCUGACCCACUCGCAGGACCUCACGCCGGGCGCACCCCCAUCCGGGCCCCAGCCCCGGGCCCCCACUGCUGUGGACCCUGACGCGGACCCCACCCUGCUGCGCCACCCCCAGGGCACCGUAGUCUUCACCACUCACGUGCCCACCCUGGGCCGCUAUGCCUUCCUGCUGCACGGCUACCAGCCAGCCCACCCUACCUUCUCUGUGGAGGUCCUCAUCGGCGGAGGCCGCGUCUGGCAGGGCCAUGCCAAUGCCAGCUUCUGCCCGCACGGCUAUGGCUGCCGCACACUGGUGGUGUGUGAGGGCCGGGCCGUCCUGGACGUGACCGACAAUGAGCUCACAGUGACUGUGCGUGUGCCUGAGGGCCGGUGGCUCUGGCUGGAUUACGUGCUUGUGGUCCCUGAGGACACCUAUAGCUCCAGCUACCUCCGGGAGGAGCCGCUGGACAAAUCCUACGACUUCAUCAGCCACUGUGCCACCCACGGGUACCACAUCAGCCCUUCCAGCUCGUCCCUGUUCUGCCGCAACGCUGCCGCUUCCCUCUCCCUCUUCUAUAACAACGGGGCUCGGCCUUGUGGCUGCCACGAAAUGGGUGCCACGGGCCCCACGUGUGAGCCCUUCGGGGGCCAGUGUCCCUGCCGUGCUCAUGUCAUUGGCCGUGACUGCUCUCGCUGCGCUACUGGCUACUGGGGCUUCCCGAACUGCAGGCCCUGUGACUGCAGCGGACGCCUGUGCGAGGAGCUCACCGGCCAGUGUGUCUGCCCACCGCGCACCAUCCUGCCUGACUGCAUCAUCUGCCAGCCCCAGACCUUCGGCUGCCACCCUCUGGUCGGCUGUGAGGAGUGUAACUGCUCAGGGCCCGGGGUCCAGGAGCUCACGGACCCCACCUGUGACAUGGACAGCGGCCAGUGCCAGUGCAGACCCAACGUGGCUGGGCGCCGCUGUGACACCUGUGCUGCUGGCUUCUACGGCUACCCCAGCUGCCACCCCUGCGACUGCCACCAGGCGGGCUCUGUGCCUGGCGUGUGUGACCCCCUCACAGGCCAGUGCCGCUGCAAGGAGAACGUGCAGGGCCCGAGGUGCGACCAGUGCCGCCUCGGAACCUUCUCCCUUGAUGCUGCCAACCCCAAAGGCUGCACCCGCUGCUUCUGCUUUGGAGCCACGGAGCACUGCAGGAGCUCAGCCCACGCCCGCCGGCAGCUCGUGGACAUGGAGGGCUGGGUGCUGCUGAGCAGCGACCGGCAGGUGGUGCCCCACGAGCUGCGGGUGGAGGAGGAGCUGCUGCGCGCAGACCUGCGUCAUGGGCCCGAGGCCUUCCCUGAGCUGUACUGGCAGGCCCCACCCUCCUACCUGGGGGACCGAGUGUCUUCCUACGGCGGGACCCUCCGCUAUGAGCUGCACUCGGAGACCCAGCGGGGAGAUGUGUUCAUCCCCACGGAGAGCAGGCCGGACGUGGUGCUGCAGGGCAACCAGAUGAGUGUCACGUUCCUGGAGUCGGCAUACCCAGCACCUGGCCACGUCCACCGGGGGCAGCUGCAGCUGGUGGAGGAGAACUUCCGGCACACGGAGACCCACAGCGCGGUGUCUCGCGAGGAGCUCAUGAUGGUGCUGGCCGGCCUGGAGCAGCUGCAUAUCCGUGCCCUCUUCCCCCAGAUCUCCUCGGCCAUCUCCCUGCGCAGGGUGGCCCUGGAGGUGGCUGGUGAGGUGGGCGGGGGGCCUCCGGCCAGCAACGUGGAACUGUGCAUGUGCCCUGCCAGUUACCGUGGGGACUCGUGCCAGGAAUGUGCCCCUGGCUAUUACCGGGAUGUCAAAGGUCUCUUCUUGGGUCGCUGCAUCCCCUGUCAGUGCCACAGCCACUCCGACCGCUGCCUGCCUGGCUCUGGGGUCUGUGUGGGCUGCCAGCACAACACCGAGGGCGACCACUGUGAGCGCUGUCGGGCCGGCUCUGUGCGCAGUGGGUCCGAGGACCCUGGAGCCCCCUGCGUCAGCUGCCCCUGUCCCCUUGCUGUGCCUUCCAACAACUUCGCCACAGGCUGUGUCCUGCGGGGUGGCCGUGCCCAGUGUCUCUGCAAACCUGGCUACGCAGGGGCCUCCUGUGAGCGGUGUGCACCCGGCUUCUUCGGGAACCCACAGGUGCUGGGCAGCUCAUGCCAGCCCUGCGACUGCAGCGGCAACGGGGACCCCAACAUGCUGUUCAGUGACUGCGACCCCCUGACGGGCACCUGCCGCGGGUGCCUGCGCCACACCACAGGGCCCCGCUGUGAGGCCUGCGCCCCCGGCUUCUACGGCAAUGCGCUGCUGCCUGGCAACUGCACCCGGUGUGACUGCUCCCCGUGCGGGAUGGAGGCCUGCGACCCCCACAGCGGGCAUUGCCUGUGCAAGGCGGGUGUGAUGGGCCCGCGCUGUGACCGCUGUCAGGAAGGACACUUCGGCUUCGAGGGCUGUGGGGGUUGCCGUCCGUGUGCGUGUGGACCAGCCGCCCAGGGCUCCGAGUGCCACCCCCAGAGUGGGCAGUGCCACUGCCAGCCGGGGGCCGGGGGGCUCCAGUGCCGCGAGUGUGCUCCUGGGCAUUGGGGGCUCCCAGAGCAGGGCUGCAGGCGGUGCCAGUGCCAGGGGGGCCACUGUGACCCACACACGGGCCACUGUACUUGCCCCACCGGGCUCAGCGGGGAGCGCUGUGACUCCUGCAGCCUCCAGCACCAGGUGCCUGUGCCGGGCGGCCCUGGGGGCCACGGCGUCCACUGCCAAGUGUGCGACCACUGCGUGGUCCUGCUCUUGGACGACCUGGAGCGGGCUGGCGCCCUCCUCCCCGCCAUCAGGGAACAGCUGCACAGCAUCAACACCAGCUCCACGGCCUGGGCCCGGCUGUUCAGGCUGAACACCUCCAUCGCUGACCUGCAGAGCCAGCUCCGAAGCCCCCUGGGGCCCCGCCACAAGACGGCACAGCAGCUGGAGGCGCUGGAGGGGCAAAGCAGGAGCCUCGGGCAGGACGCGCAGCAGCUGGACCGCCAGGCCACAGGGGCCCUAGCACAGGCCAGCCAGCUGCUGGACAGCACCGAGGCCUCGCUGGACCGGGCACGGACGCUGCUGGCGGUCAUCCGGACUGUGGACCAUGGCCUGAGUGAGCUGGAGUCCCAGACAGGCCGCUUGUCACCCACCAAUGACUCAGCCCCUUCGGGCGAGCAGCUGCGCCGGACACUGGCUGAGGUGGAGCGGCUGCUCAGGGAGAUGCGAGCCCGCAACCUGGGGGCCCCAAGGGCGGUGGCUGAGGCCGAGCUGGGCGAGGCCCAGAGACUGCUGGCCCGCGUGCAGGAGCAGCUGACCAGCCACUGGGAGGGGAACCAGGCACUGGCCUCAGGCAUCCGAGCCCAGCUGGCCCAGCAUGAGGCCAGCCUCAUGGACCUUCGGGAGGCGCUGAACCAGGCAGUGGGCACCACGCGGGAGGCCGAGGAGCUCAAUAGCCAUAACCAGGAACGCCUGGAGGAGGCCCUGCAACGGAAGCAGGAGCUAUCCAGGGAUAACGCUGCUCUAAGGGCCACUCUGCAGGCUGCCAGGGACACCCUGGCCCGGCUCUCUGAGUUUCUGCACGGCAUGGACCGGGCCAGGGAGGAGUACGAGCACCUCGCUGCCAGUCUGGAUGGGGCCCGGAUGCCGCUGCUCGAGAAGAUGCAGGCCUUCUCCCCAGCGAGCAGCAAGGUGGACCUGGUGGAGGCGGCAGAGGCCCACGCGUGGCAGCUGGACCAGCUGGCACUCAACCUGUCCAGCAUCAUCCACGGAGUCAACCAGGACCGCUUCAUCCAGCGGGCCAUCGAGGCCGCCAGCGCCUACAGCAGCAUCCUCCGCGCUGUGCAGGCUGCUGAGGGCGCCGCUGGCCAGGCGCUGCAGCAAGCAAGCCACACGUGGGCGGUGGUGGUGCAGCAGGGCCUGGUGCCGAGAGCCCAGGAGCUGCUGGCCAACAGCACCGGCCUGGCGGACGCCAUCCUUGGGGAGCAGCAGAGGCUGGGCCGUGCCUGGGCUGCGCUCCAGGGCGCUGGGGCUCAGCUCCAAGAUGCCCGGACCAGGAAGGAGCAGCUGGCAGCCCAAGUCCAGGAGGCACAGGCCAUGCUGGCCAUGGACUCAGGUGAGACGCGUGAGAAGAUCACACAUGCCAAGGCUGUGACCGCUGAAGCCCAGGACACCGUCAGCCGCGUGCAGGCCCGGGUGCAGGCCAUGCAGGAGACCGUGCAGCAGUGGCAGGGCCAGUAUGGAGGCCUGCAGAGCCAGGACCUGGGCCGGAUGAUGCUGGAUGCGGGCCACUCAGUGUCCACCCUGGAGAAGACGCUGCCGCAGCUGCUGGCCAAGCUCAGCCUCCUGGAAAACCGUGGGGCGCACAACACCAGCCUGGCCCUGUCUGCCAGCAUUGGGCGGGUGCGGGAGCUCAUUGCCCAGGCCCGAGGAGCUGCCAGCAAGGUCAAGGUACCCAUGAAGUUCAACGGGCAAUCAGGGGUGCAGCUGCGUGCCCCUCGGGACCUCACAGACCUCGCUGCCUACACCGCCCUCAAAUUCUACCUGCAGAGCCCAGGGCCAGUGCCUGGCCAGGUUGCUGGGGACCACUUUGUGCUGUACAUGGGCAGCCGCCAGGCCACUGGUGACUACAUGGGCGUGGCUCUACGUGAGCAGAAGGUACACUGGGUGUACCGCCUGGGGGGUGCUGGCCCUGCAGCCCUCAGCAUCGAUGAAGACAUCAAGGAGCAAUUUGCAGCAGUCAGCAUUGACAGGACCCUCCAGUUUGGCCACAUGUCCGUCACAGUGGAGAAGCCACAAGUCCAGGAGACCAAGGGUGACACCGUGGCCCCUGGGGCUGAGGGGCUGCUCAGCCUGCAGCCCGAUGACUUUGUCUUCUAUGUGGGGGGCUACCCCAGCAGCUUCACGCCCCCCGAGCCCCUCCGCUUCCCUGGCUACCGGGGCUGCAUUGAGAUGGGCGCGCUCAACGAGGACGUGGUCAGUCUCUACAACUUUGAGAGGACCUUCCAGCUGGAUACAGCGGUGGACAAGCCCUGCGCCCGCUCCAAGGCCACUGGGGAUCCGUGGCUCACGGACGGCUCCUACCUGGAUGGCUCCGGCUUCGCCCGCAUCGGCAUGGAGAGUCAGAUCGGCACCACCAAGCGCUUUGAGCAGGAGCUGCGCCUUGUGUCCUCCAGUGGGAUCGUCUUCUUCCUGCAGCACCAGGGUCAGUUUCUGUGCCUGGCCUUGAAGGAGGGCCGUCUCCUGCUCCUCUACAACUUUGGCUCAGGCCUGAGGGAGGCCAUCCCGAUGCAGCCGCCGCCGCCCCUGACCGCGGCCAGCAAGGCGGUCCAGGUGUUCCUGCUGCAGAGCAACCGAAAGCGCGUGCUGGUGCGCGUGGAGAGGGCCACGGUAUUCAGCGUGGAGGAGGACAACAUGCUGGAGCUGGCCGAUGCCUACUACCUGGGGGGGGUGCCGCCCACCCAGCUACCCCCGAGCCUACGGCAGCUCUUCCCCUUUGGAGGCUCGGUGCGCGGCUGCGUCAAGGGCAUCAAAGCCCUGGGCAAGUACGUGGACCUCAAGAGGCUGAACACGACGGGCAUCAGCUCUGGCUGCACCGCAGACCUGCUGGUGGGACGCGCCGUCACACUCCAUGGCCACGGAUUCCUGCCGCUGUCGCUGCCCGACGUGGCGCCCCUCACGGGGACCGUCUACUCCGGCUUUGGCUUCCGCAGCACCCAGGACAGCGCUCUCCUCUACCACCGGGCCUCCCCAGCUGGGCCAUGCCAGGUGUCCCUGCAGCAGGGCCAUGUGACACUCCGGCUUAUGAGGACAGAGGUGAAAACGCGAGGAGGCUUUGCCGAUGGUGCCCCCCAUUACGUGGCUUUCUUCAGCAACGCCUCGGGGGUCUGGCUCUACGUGGAUGACCAGCUUCAACAGAUGAAGCCACACCGGGGACCACUCCUGGGGCCCCAGCCUGAGGGACCCCCACAGCUCCUCCUGGGAGGUUUGCCAGGGUCCAGCGACUUCCGGAACUUCAGUGGCUGCAUCAGCAAUGUUUUCGUGCUGCGACUCCUGGGGCCUCAGCGCGUGUUUGACCUUCAGCAGAGCGUGGGCGGCGUCAACGUGAGCUCAGGCUGCGCCCCGGCCCCCGGCACGCAGACCCUGGGCCCAGCGUCACGAGGACUGCGUGCUGCAGCAGCUCGGAAGGCUUUCCGCCGCAGCCGCCCGCCCACCCGGGGCCCUGCCUGCACACUACCCCGGACCCUCAGGACCAUCCGAGAUGCCUACCAGUUUGGUGGGGCCCUGUCCAGUCACCUGGAGUUCACAGGCCUCCCGGCACCCCCAGGGAACUGGUCACACCUGUCUCUGCUCAUCCGCCCUCACACCCCGCGAGGACUCCUGCUGCUCGCAGUGCCCCUGGCGGCGGGCAGCCCCUCGCUGGCUCUCCUUCUGAGCCGCGGACACUUCGUCGCUCAGACAGAAGGCCCUGGGCCCCAGCUCCACGUCCGGAGCCGCCAGCGUUUACGGGCUGGCCAGUGGCACACGGUGUCUGUGCGCUGGGAGAAAUCGCGGAUCCGGCUGGUGACAGAUGGGGUCUGGGCCCAGGGCCAGGAGGGGCCCGGCCAGCAGUACCAGGAAGCAGACGGCCCUUGGCCCCACACUCUCUUUGUUGGGGGCCUCCCUCCUGGCAGCCGCAGCCCCAAGCUCCGGGCAGCCCUGAGCAGCUCCAGGUUCAGCGGUUGCGUGAAGAGACUGAGGCUGGAUGGGCGGCCCCUGGGGGAACCCUCGAGGAUGGCGGGGGUCACACCCUGCUCCUCAGGCCCCUUGGAGAAGGGCCUGCUCUUCACAGGCAGUGGGGGAGCUGUCACUCUAGACACCCUGGGGGUCACUCUCUCUGACGUGGGCUUGGAGCUGGAGGUACGGCCCCAGACAAGCAGCAGCCUUAUCUUCCACAUGGGUAGGGUCCAGGCACCCCCCUACCUACAGCUGCAGGUGCUGGACAAGCAGGUCCUGCUGCAGGCCGACGACGGUGCUGGUCAGUUCGCCACAUGGGUGACAUGCCCUGCGGCACUGUGUGAUGGACAGUGGCACCGGCUGGCAGUGACUAAAGGUGGGAACGUGCUCCGGCUGGAGGUGGACACCCAGAGCAACCACACCCUGGGCCCCGAGCCAGCGGCCUUGGCUGACACCCUGGUGUCUCUGCACCUUGGGGGCCUGCCUGAACCCAUGGAUGCACAGGCUGGGCCCCCCACUUGGAUGCGCUCUCGGCCUCAAGCCUAUCUUGGCUGCAUGAGGAAUCUGGGAGUGAACCAGUCCCCGGUCACCCUGCCUCACUCUGCCCGUGUUCAGGGGGCUGUGGGGGCCAGUGGCUGCCCAGCCACAUAGCACAGCUGCCCGUGGAACCCAGGCUGCCCCUCCAGAAGCCAUGCAGGAGUCUUCAAGGUUCCCUGGAGCCCAUGGGUGGGCUGCCCCAGGCCACCAGUGUCUCGCCUCUCAGACCCACAGCCCCUCCACUGUACCCUCAGCUCCUCUCCGGGAUGUAUGUAUGUAUUCAUCUAGACUCCAGGUUCUACCGGUGAUAAAUCUUCCUUCUGGAAAUGGUUUAAGUUAUGUCUGACUUACCAAACAAAUGGGCAAAAUACUGUAAAAUGGGUUUUUUAUACUUCUUAUCUUUCAGCUUAAUUAUGAAGUUUUCCUUCUACCAUUUUUCACAGGAGAGAUGUGUAAAUCACUGGCCCCUACUGCUUAAAACAAAAAUUAAAAAGUAUCUUUUAUUAA